UUUGCAUUAUCCAGACAAGCCUUCAGCCUGAAAUCUGAAACUGCAGAAGUGGCGUGGCUCGCUGAGCAUUGCUACUCUGGGUUGUUCUUUCUCUCUCUCUUAGUUCACUUUUUCCAGACUGGUUUCACACAUCCUCCAUCAGAGGUGAUUCCAACAGAGACAAUUCUUCUGCCGCAGUGGAUGAUGCUUAGGGAAACCAUGCUCCCGAUGGCCCCUCAUCUGAUUGGUCUGUGUGUGGUGUUUUGCAUCAGCAGCAGCUUGGCCACACCUCUACCUUUUGACAGUCUUCUGGAGGGAAGUACAGACGAGGAAGAACUUGGCAACUUUACUUCCUCUGUGCCCACAAGCAACUUUUCCUUUGAGUACCAAACCACACCUGCUGGCCCCACACAUGUGGAACCCGACUUUCUGAAUGAAGUUGUGAGGUUUCUAGAGGAGAACAAGCUCCUUAUCCUUGUUGCAGGCUCUUUCAUCCUUUUAGUCUUCCUUAUUAUCUGUGGGGCAGUAAUCAUGAGCCGCAGGCGCAAAGUCAAUGCCUACUACCCUUCCUCCUACCCCUCCAAAAUGUACGUGGACCACAGGGACAAAACCGGAGGUGCUAAACUUUUUAAUGAAGUGCCAGAAAAGCCCGCUCCUGAGCAGGAAAGUGAGCCAGUGGACUCUCACAAGCAGCUCCAGGCAGACAUAAUGAGAGCUGCCAAGAGGCUGCGCACACCAAAUAAAUGUGUUGAAGCUACAGAGGGAAGUGAGCCCAGUCAGAAAGUAGCAGCAGACCAAGGACCUGAGGACAGCUCUCAGCCAGAUGGCAGCAUCCUGGACCAGCAGCUACCCAGCCUCCCUGAGGAAAAAGAGCUGUGUGAGCUUCCUGACAGUGAAGCAGCAGCAGCUGCAGAGAGCCCUGAGCUGGAUCCUUCAGAGCAGCUUAAUCCAGAGAAAGAUGAAUCACAAGAGCCUUUAAUUGGAAGAAGUCUCCGGCCCUCCUCUCUGCACAUUCACAAUGACUCUGCAACUCUUCAGCUGAUUGCAGGAGAGAAAACAGCCUUCUAACUAUUAUAAACACUUGAGUGACCUGAGUGGGUUUUUUUUUUAUCACAUUGAAUCCACAAGUGGCAAUUUGCCCAGUGGGUGUCUACCAAUGCAUUAAGGGAAAUGCAGGAAGGUUGCUAAAUUCCAAUCACCUGUGUAUUUUUGCCUUAGUGUAUGUUUAUAUUUAGUGCAAGGAAUAUGCAUGCAGCAGCCUGUUGCUUUGCUCCAACUGGAUAUAUCUUUCUUAUUAUAAACAUGCCUCAUGCAAUUACAUUAUUAACAUUGGUUUUAAAAAAUGCAUUUCUUUCUAUAUGGUGUUUUGUGUUCUUUUAAGGACAUACCACAGUGUGUCUCAUACCUUAAACAUGACUGUAUAUAGGGGCCACUUCAUAAACAUAGGACUUCAUGCUGCAUCAUUCUCUUAAAUGUCCAUUAAGUUUCUGUUCAGAGAAAAGAGAAGUCAAAUCCAGAUGCAUCAGAUGUUUCUAAGAAUCUAAAUCCACUCUU